AUGGUGCCCAAGGCAACAUCAGGCGACUGGCGACCCUGUGGUGACUAUAGAGCCCUCAACAGCGCUACCAUUCCUGAUCGGUACCCCGUGCCUCAUCUUCAGGACUUUGCUGGAGCCCUUUUCGGCAAAGCGGAUUUCUCGAAAAUUGAUCUGGUGUGUGCUUUUCAUCAGAUUCCAGUCGCUCCUGAGGACAUCCCUAAAACCGCCGUCACCACAACGUUCGGACUGUUUGUCCGCAUGCCGUUUGGUCUUCGUAAUGCCGCCCAAACGUUCCAGAGGUUCAUCGACCAUGUCUUACGUGGCCUACCCUUUGUGUACGCCUACAAUGAUGACCUCUUGGUUGCCAGCCUAAAUGAGUAA